GCUUGAGUGCUACAUGGACUAUUACAUGUAUUCAUAUGACAUGUCAGGCAUGGAGCCGCAGCGCCACAGCACGUCUCCACCGCGGUCGUCAGCAUCACUAUCAGGCACUGGCCAAAAUAGAACAAUGCCGAUGUAUCCCAUGCCCGUCAGCUCGUUGCUUGGUGGUUUUUCUUCCGUAUGCUACCAGAUCCAGCCAAGCUACAGCACCAAUACCGACAACACUGGCUGGCUGAAUGCAUGUACUAUCCAUCCUUCCCCAGCCCUUCUGGUGGUCUGCAUCGUAUACGUGCUUAAGCAUUUAUAUGCGUACAUCAAUACCAAGACCGCAGCAACACCCUCACGUAGUAUAUAG